AUGCUUCGUCGUUCGGAGGUGUGGGAAUUGGAGGAGGUGGAGGUGGAGGAGGUGUCUCUUUGUCCUGCGCUUCCUGUGAUGCACAAACUGAUGCACCUGCCGCAGGGGCACCUGCCCUGCCUUUUUAAUGGCACUAAAGAAGGAUCAGCACGCUUGCUCGAUGAGAACUGUGGAAUAUCAACGAUUGACGAUACAGAGGGUCACAUUCAUGAUGGCAGCAAAACAACUAUUCAGGAGAACCCAUGGAUGGUAAUGAUCUCUAUAAAAAAUGAUGUUUCGUUUGAUUUUGCGUGUGGCGGCACGCUCAUCACAAAACGCUUAGUUCUUUCGGCUGCGCAUUGCAUUUUAUAUGAAGACACAUAUUUGCACUUGGGCGAUUAUUUAAUAAUAGAUCCCCCACCAGAUCCCAUAAAGAUGUAUAAUCUUACAGUCGAUAUGAAAUUCAUUCACAGAGAUUACAAGGGAAGUAUUGUAGAUAAAAGUAGGAAGUUCGAUAUAGGCAUGUUUCGAAUGAAGGAAGAGGUGACAUAUUCAGACUAUGUUCGACCUAUAUGUAUACCCGUCGAUAAGAAAAUAAUUCAAGCUGAGAAAUUUAACAUCACCGGCUGGGGUAAGACUAAACAGGAGCCACCAGCUAUCCGGAUUUUACAUAUAGGGACCGUGUUCCCACUGAAUAGUUCCUCUUGUGAUAUAAAGUAUAAUAUUACUACUGAUCAAUCCCAGAUUUGUUUCGCCAGUAAUUUUAUUGGCUCAUGUAAAGGCGACUCUGGAGGCCCACUAAGCUCAAUGCACGGGAACAGGACUUAUCAGUACGGUGUGGUUAGCUUUGCUUCUGAUAAUUGCACUACGGGAUCUUCGAUCGGUGUUGUCACAAAUGUAGCCCAUUACAUGCAAUGGAUCGAGAAUGUAAUAGAGGUUUCCGAAACUCAGUAUCCAGGUAACAGCGGUUUCUGGCAUAAAAUUUCUAUAAUCCCACUCUGAUUUGAAGGGCAUU